GCACAGGAAGGGGCUGGAGCAGCAGAGAGGAGGGGAAUAAGAAGGGCUGGGGGGUUAUAAAUAACAAAGGGAUCAUAUAAACUAUGCAGGUCCAAGAUGCCCCUGCGAGCCGGGAGCCCGGGAUGAGCUGCUGCUGCUGCGCCCCAGAGGGCUAGUGCAGCUAGACCUGCACUAGCCCCCCUCUGUGCCCAGCCAGGGGGGACUUUCUCCGGUGGUUGGAACCAGCCCCUGGCUCCAACUCCUGAGCCGGAGACUGAAGGAUGCAGACUGGAGGUUCAGGUGAGAAGAACGGCUGCAGGGGGCCAAGAACAGUUCCCAGAGGUGCUGCGAGGAAGGAAGAGGGGAAAAAGGAGACAGAGGUGGAGGUGGUGAGGUGUGAAAGUAGAAAUUCCCAUCUGAUGUUCUCCAAGAUGCUUUCAAAGGUGAUGUUCAGAGAGGAAAAUAUGGGUUUGCACCCUUUCAGAAGUGGCCACUGACUUUGCAUGCCUCAGUUUUGGGGUGUCUGACUUGUGACACCACAGGCCUGAUUCUCAGGGGGUGUUGAAUUGCCAUUGAUUUCAUUAGGAGUUGUAGCAGCUCAGCAUUUCUGAAAAGAGGCCCAAGAUGUUUCAGGCUAGGGACCCAUCAAUUAAGGAAAGCAAAAAUCCCCAAACCGGACUCCAUCUGCCACAUGGACCAAGAGGAAGAGCCCUGUGUCCUGGACUCUGAGGAUUCUUCAGAAAAGGAGACUCCGAGAGGCCCUCAAGCAGCAGGUGAUGGGAUGGUAAGUGAGAACGAGGAGGAGAAUCCUCAGCAGGAAGAUCCUGAGCAAGUGGAAUCACAGUGGACAGUAUCGGGAAGAGAUAAAGGUGGUGUUUCCCUGAGUCCUGAGCUGGGAGAAGCCCGGGAGAAUCACCCUUAUAAAUGCCCCGACUGCGGGAAAAGCUUCCGAUGGAGCUGCCGCUUCAUUGAACAUCAGAGAAUCCAUACAGGGGAGAAAACCUCUAUCUGUGCCGACUGCGGGGAGAGCUUCAGUCGUUACUCAAACUUCACAAGACACCGCAGGAUUCAUACCGGAGAGAAACCCUACAGCUGCCCCGACUGUGGGAAAAACUUUGGUCGCACUUCUGACCUCAUUAUACACCAGAGACUGCACACGGGAGAGAGACCCUACAAAUGCCCUCAGUGUGGGAAAAGCUUCAGCCGCAGCUCGUACCUCAUUCCUCACCAGAGGACACACACAGGAGAGAGGCCCUAUAAAUGCCCUGACUGUGGGAAGAGCUUCAACCUGAGCUCAAACCUUAUCAGGCAUCAGAGGAUCCACACGGGAGAAAAACCCUAUAGAUGCCCUGACUGUGGGAAAAGCUUCUAUCUGAGCUUACACCUCAUUAGGCACCAAAGAGUCCAUAUUGAAAGAAAAUCCUAUGACUGCCCCGACUCCGGGAAAAAGUUCAUUCGGAGCUCAGCCCUGAUUAUACACCACAGACUCCACACGGGAGAGAGACCCUAUAAAUGCGCUGACUGUGGGAAAAGCUUUGGCAUGAGCUCAGACCUGAUCAGACACCAGAGAUCCCAUACGGGAGAGAGACCCUACAAAUGUGGUGAAUGUGGGAAAAGCUUCAGCAUGAGCUCCAAGCUCAUCAGACAUCAGGGAACACAUGUGACAGAGAAACCUUUCCGUUGUCCCGAAUGUGGGGAAGGCUUCGCCACCAGCUCCAAACUCGUUAAACAUCAGAAACACCACCUGGAACAGAAACCCUACAAAUGCGGGGACUGCUGGAAAAGCUAUAGCCACAGUUCUGAACUCCUCAGGCAUCAGCGAGCCCACACGGGAGAGAGACCCUAUAAGUGCUCUGACUGUGGGAAAGGGUUUAGUCGGAGUUCGCACCUUAUCAGGCAUCAGAAAAUCCACAGGAGAUAGGCACGGGUCCUGGUUCUUCCUCUAGGGCUUUUCAAACAAAUUCAGUUAUAAAUAAUUGGUGGUGUGGAGAUUCAUGUGUGGGAGAGGCACAGGCAAGGGUGAAGGGGAAAUGCGGAAGAAGAAAAAGAAGUUUGGGGGCUGGUGCAUCAGUUGUUUGGGGUUUGUGGGGAGGGACCUGGGAUUUUAUUUUUUUUGUCUCAAAAUUCCUUAAAUUUCCCAUGCUCAUUCCACACCCUUUUUCUCUGGCCUGGCAGGAUGUGGGACAGCAGGUGAGAUGGAACUUGAAUUAUAUAAUUCACUAGGGCCAGAGGCUAGAUUUUCUUGACUAGGGAAACUGAGGAGUUGCACUGACGCUACGCCUAAAGGAAAUGCCAGUCUGAUGCUAUAUGGAGAGGAUGUGAGAUGCGACACCAUUCCUACUGUCACCCGUGUUUCCAGCACCAGAGUAUGAGAGACAGCAAAUUUGUAAAUGGAGAGGGGGAAAUACCACAGAUCGGCAUAUGAUUUACCUGUGGCUCUCACUGCUGCAAGAGCAGACAGGUCUGUAAUGUAUCUUUACAACACCAUAGCACAGGCUGGAAAUCUGCAUUGUAACAUCCAAUGGAGCUGGACAGUUCAUGUCCAGGCUCUGGAUUUAACCUGAUACGUAUAUAAAAAUGUGUACACAUGUAUGUAUAUUAUUUCCCAGGUGAAACCUGCAUCAGUGCAAGUUAAUAGCUUCUCAGUGAGUGGCAUCUGUGUCACACAGAGUACGUUCCUGGUUUAAACAUUAGAGCCCCUUUUGACCCCCAAUUACUUGUCUUGGGGUACCGAGUUUCACCCAAGGUACCUAGAACCCAAUGACAUAGAAUCAGUGAAUGAUGGUGAGAAUGCUGAGACUGGAGAACUCGCUGCAUUAGCUGCACCCAGCUCAUUAUUUCUAUGAGGAAUUGUAGCUGGCAUGCAGGGGAAAAGUUAAGGAAGCACCUAGCAGGCAGCUCACAGAGUUAUAGUCCAAGGGCCAGAUUUCCAUAGGUAUUUAGGCACCUAAAGAAACCUAUGGCAGUUAGGCACCUUACCUGGUUAGGUGCUUUUGAAAAUCCAAGUAGGCACCUAACCUGCAUCUUUAGGCAUCUUUGAAAAACUGGCCCCGAGUGAUCUCACAAGCAGUGAAGCUGCCAUCAGCUCAGGGAGAGAGAGAAACAGUCGCUUGACUCAGUGAGGUCAGAUGUAGAGUCUUGAAGAGGUGCUUGUGGUUCCUGAUGUUUGUUUAAAACUACACAGGAGCACAGUGCACUAAAAGGUGAAUUAAUACAUUACCCAUGGUUCUGCCUGGCUGGGUAAUUUAAAAAGCAGUUCGAGAGCAGCUUUAAAACCAUUCCCUUUUUAAAUGUGGGGUUUGCCACAAGUGGUGUUUAGGUGAGUCUAAGCAUGAGAACCGUGACUAUAGGAAAAUAGGGACAUGUGGUGUCUAGGUGAGUCUGUGUGUGUACAAAAAACAUUUCCCUGGGGAAACAAUUUGGAAAGGGAGUUAAUGUACAUAAUCAUUACAGUUCUUUUGCAUCCCUGACUUUAGCAUGAAUGUUGACAUUUUGCUCGGCUAACGCACGAACUCUUUACCUAGUUAGCUCUGUGAACUUCUGCACUGGAAUAGCGGAGCCAAGCUCCCAUCUGGUCACAGCAGGCUGCUGCUUCAGUGCAAUGGGUGAUACAGCCCAUGAGCUGGAGUGUGGUUGGUUCCUUGCGGGGCUGUGGAUGGAGAUGGCAUUUAUACCGGGCUGUGUGGGUGCUUUACUCUCCUGAGUUUGUGCUGUCUGCUGGACAGUAAUAAAAAGCUGAUCCUAAAUGUC